GCGGGAGCUGAAAGAAGAGAGGAAGACGGAGGAGCAGUGGAUUACUGGGAAUGGCUCAUCGUUAUUAUUAUUACUAUGUACGAGAGGCGGAGUGGGGGCCGUUCUCAUUAGGAAAUAAUGACACGAGAAGUCUUUGUGGGUCGCCUUUGCACCAUUCCAUCAUCAUCUCCUCCUCUACUAAAUCCCCUUCCCUUCACCUCUCCCUCCCAUCUCCCUCUCUCUAUUCCUCUUUCUCUGAAGCUUUCUUUUCCACAAAACUCUAAUGCUCUAGUUUUAUGUUGUUCUCUCUUUCACACCUGACCACCAGACCAGCUCAUGUCUUCUUCUUCUUCCUCUUGUAGCCGAUUUCGGUGCUCGUACAACUCUUCCAUCGAAGCAAAAUAGAAUGUUCAAAGCAUUUCUCUGUUCUCUCAUGAAAGACUUCGGAUCGUCUAUCGAAGCCGCCAAUGUCAGUAUCCCAUUGCUCUGUUUCUUCGCAUGCAAGUUACAUGCAGCUAAACAAGGCCAGAAAACAGCUAAUUUUACUUGUGUGCGGUGAAUGGUCUUCCCAUGCUUGAUGGUCCCUCUCUGUUCUUAGCUUCUUCUGUCCACCAAUUAGGAACUGCGGUGUCUGUAUCCAUCAGUUAGCUAGCUUUUUGGCCUCGAGCAUCAGAGUGGGACAAGGAGCGGAAGGAAAAUAAAAAAGAAAGUUUUUUGGCGUCAAUGGCGGAUCCUACGAACAAUUCUGUGCCGGAAAGCAGUGUCAGUUCAGUGUCCUCCCUCUCCUCGGCUUCCUCGUCUUCGUCCCUUACUCUUUCCCAAACUCUUCAAGAGCGGAAAAUGGGCACAUGUAACCUGACCGCGACGGCCUCGAGAAACGAGGAAAGUAGCGGCGGCGGCUCCGCAAAGCGGCUGCGGGACCAGAGCAAGCACCCCGUGUACCGCGGCGUCCGGAUGCGGAACUGGGGCAAGUGGGUCUCGGAGAUCCGAGAGCCGCGCAAGAAGUCACGCAUCUGGCUGGGGACGUUCACGACGCCGGAGAUGGCGGCGCGCGCCCACGACGUGGCUGCCCUCAGCAUCAAGGGCGCCGCCGCGGUGCUCAACUUCCCGGAGCUCGCCGGCUCCCUUCCCCGCCCGGCCACCCUCUCGCCCCGCGACGUCCAGGCCGCGGCAGCCAAGGCCGCCGCGAUGGACCCGGAAGCCCAGACGGAGCCCCCAGCGGCGGCCCCGGGGGACUCCGACGAGCUCGAGGAGAUCGUGGAGCUGCCGCGGCUGGACGACGUGUGCUGCUUCCUCGACUCGGACGAAACCCGGAGCGAGUUCCUGUUCGACGACCCAGUUGACUCGUGGGCGCACCCGUUGCCGUGGGUGGAGAGCGCGGAUCUGCUGUGGGCCGGGUCGGACGCAAUUUUUCCGACCAGCUUCGGAACUCUUCUCUAAGACUAGGAACGAAGUUCAAGGUUCUCUUCUUCUAAUCCAUAUUAAUCUCCCUCCUUUCUUUCUCAUGCCCUUCAAUUUUUCAUCAGGGCUCAAGGGCUUCCUUCUCUUCUCUAUUCUGGCUUGCACCCUUCCCUCCCUUCUUCUUCAGCGUGUGUGCUGUUUCUCGGGGUUGCCUCCCAUUGUACAUUGAAGUCGACAGAACAGAAUCCUCAUGACUCCAAAUCUCCCCAGUCAAUGUUGUACAGUUUUCUGGGGAAGUGCCGGAGAAGAAGAGCAUGAGUCUCUUGCAUGGUUUGUGUGCAUGUAAUAACUUUGUGCUAUCUAUGUCGUUGUGAUCA